AUGUGGCAAGCAUUAAACACAUUUAAAGGGAGAUGUGUCUUCGAGAUACCUAGGAGACCAGAAGCUGAUUUCCAUUGGAAGAUGCUGGGUUGUGAUCCAGGGCAGAGCGGCCAGAGGCGCGAUGGAGCGGGCCAGGACCGUUUACACCUGAGAUGGACCACAGAACAGCACGUGCCAGAGGUAGAAGUCCAAGUCAAACGGAGAAGAACAGCCUCACUGAACAACCAGGAGUGUCACCUGUACCCACGGCGAUCUCAGCAGCAGCAGCAAGUACCUGUGGUGGAUUUCCAGGCGGAACUGAGACAGGCAUUCUUAGCUGAGAUACCAAGAGGUGGUUAAAGCAGUAUUGGAACACCCAGGUAGCAGAUUCCAAGAGAGAAAAAAAAAGGAAAAAAAACCCAAGAAAACAGGCUCUAUCUAUUAUUCGAAGCUUCCGCCCCAGCUUGCAUUGUUUGUAGGAGAACCUGCAUCA